AGCUAAGCGGGCCACCGCACCUCAGCACCUCGGCAGGUGUUGCAGAUAAGAACCGACAGGGCAGAAGUCAGGUGUAGUUUGUGUUACUCCCGCCUGUCUUGGCCAGACAGGUUCCUGGUAGAUCCUUUCUGUGCCCUGCCCCACCUCCCUCAAGUCGGAUGAGGAGAUCUCUGCACAAGACUGGGUGGGCCAGGGGUCUGACUCUUCUUCCAUUCUCAGAAUGGAGUUGCGACCCUACCAGUGGGAGGUGAUCAUGCCUGCCCUGGAGGGCAAGAAUAUCAUCAUGUGGCUGCCCACGGGGGCUGGGAAGACCCGGGCGGCUGCUUAUGUGGCCAAGAGGCAUCUAGAGACUGUGGACGGAGCCAAGGUGGUUGUACUGGUCAACCGGGUGCACCUGGUGAGCCAGCAUUGUGAGGAGUUCAGCCGCAUGCUGGACAAACGCUGGGCCAUUAUAACCCUGAGUGGGGACAUGGGGCCACGAGCUGGCUUUGGCCACCUGGCCCGGAGCCAUGACCUGAUCAUCUGCACAGCUGAGCUGCUACAGAUGGCGCUGACCAGCCCCGAGGAGGAGGAGCACGUGGAGCUCAAUGCCUUCUCCCUGCUUGUGGUGGAUGAGUGUCACCACACGCACAAAGACACUGUCUACAACAUCAUCCUGAGCCGGUACCUAGAGCAUAAACUCCAGAGGACACGGCCCCUGCCCCAGGUGCUGGGUCUCACAGCCUCCCCAGGCACUGGUGGGGCCUCCACGCUUAAUGGGGCCAUCGACCACAUCCUGCAGCUCUGUGCCAACCUGGACACGUGGCGCAUCAUGUCACCACAGACCUACCGCGCCAAGCUGCAGGAGCACAGCUCUCAGCCCUGCAAACAAUACAACCUCUGCGGCAGGCGCAGCCAGGACCCGUUUGGGGACACACUGAAGAAGCUCAUGGACCGAAUCCACAACCGCCUGGAGAUGCCCGAGUUGAGCCAGGACUACGGGACGCAGAAUUACGAGCAGCAGGUGGUGGAGCUGAGCCAGGCUGCGGCCGAGGCCGGCCUCCAGCAGCGCCGGGUGUACGCUCUUCACCUGCGGCGCUACAACGAUGCGCUGCUCAUCCACGACACGGUCCGUCCUGUGGACGCCCUGGACUCGCUGCGGGAUUUCUACGACAGGGAGCGCGCCACGAAGACCCAGGUCCUGCAGGCCGAGCGCUGGCUGCUGGCGCUGUUCGAUGAUUACAAGAAUGAGCUGGCCCACCUGGCAACAUGCAGCCUGGAGAACCCAAAACUGGAGAUGCUAGAACAGAUCCUGCGGGAGCAGUUUGGGAGCAGCGACAGCCCCCGGGGCAUCAUCUUCACCCAGACCCGCCAGAGCGCUCACUUUCUCCUGCUCUGGCUCCGGCAGCAGCCGGGCCUGCAGACCGUGGACAUGAGGGCUGACCUGCUGAUCGGUGCAGGGAACAGUAGCCAGAACACCCAUAUGACCCAGAGAGACCAGCAAGAAGUGAUCCGGAAGUUCCGGGUUGGCACCCUGAACCUCCUGGUGGCCACAAGUGUGGCCGAAGAGGGACUGGACAUCCCCCAGUGCAACGUGGUGGUGCGCUAUGGGCUCCUGACCAACGAGAUCUCCAUGGUCCAGGCCAGGGGCCGCGCCCGGGCUGGUCAGAGUAUGUAUUCGUUUGUGGCGACCCAAGGCAGCCGGGAGCUGCGGCGGGAGCUGACCAAUGAGGUGCUGGAGACGCUGAUGGAGCGGGCCGUGGCUGCCGUGCAGAAGAUGGACCAGGCCGAGUACCAGGCCAAGAUCCGGGACUUGCAGCGGGCAGCCGUGGUCAAGCGGGUGGCCCGGGCAGCCCAGCGGGAGAAUCAGCGGCAGCAGUUCCUGGCUGAACAGGUGCAGCUCCUCUGUGUCAACUGCAUGGUGGCCGUGGGCCACGGGAGCGACCUGCGGAAGGUGGAGGAUGCCCACCAUGUCAACGUGAACCCCAACUUCUCGGUCUACUACACUGUCUCCCGAGGGGCUGUAGUCAUUGACAGAGUCUUCAAGGACUGGAGGCCUGGGGGUACCAUUCACUGCAGGAACUGUGGGGAGGCCUGGGGUCUGCAGAUGAUCUACAAGUCAGUGAAGCUGCCGGCGCUCAGAGUCCGCAGCAUGCUUCUGGAGACACCCCGAGGGAGAGUCCAGGCCAAGAAGUGGUCCCGCGUGCCCUUCCCAGUGCCUGACUUCGACUAUCUGCAGCACUGUGCCCAGAACCUGGCCGACCUCUCCCUUGACUGAGCACCUUGUCCCUGCAGUGCCCGCCUCAGGCUGCAGGGGGCAGGAGAAUCCGCAGCCGCUGUCUUCCCCUGGGCAAAGCCUGCCUCCAAGCCCCUCCCUCCUGAGUCAUCAGCUCCGCCGGGGGUGGGGGGGGCGGGGAGAGGGGGGGUGGCAUGCUGACCAGCCACAGCGGAACCUGGGGCGCCCAGGCUGGCUCAGACUCCCACACUGGGGAAGCAGCUCGGGGGCCACAGCUCGGCCCCAGGUCCCCCCUCACACCCACAGACA